UCAGCCAGUUGUCCAGUCGCCGCUCGCUUCCAGUUGGGAAGUCUUAAGAGGAGAGUUUCAAGAAGGACGCGGCUGGCUGCCUUUCUUAGAGCUCGAAGCUGCGCCAUGCUCGCCCUCCGGAGCGGCCUGACUAGGACGCUGGCCGCGCGGACGCUCGCGCCCCAGGUGUGCUCAUCUUUUGCUACAGGCCCCAGACAAUAUGAUGGAACACUCUAUGAACUUCGUACUUACUACUUCAAACCUUCGAAAAUGAAUGAGUUCAUGGAAAAUGUUAAGAAAAACGUUCAUCUUCGGACCACUCACUCUGAAUUGGUUGGAUUCUGGAGUGUUGAAUUUGGAGGCAAAGUGAAUAAAGUGUUUCAUAUUUGGAAGUAUGAUAAUUUUGCUCAUCGAGCUGACGUUCAGAAAGCCGUAACCAAAGAUAAAGAAUGGCAGGAAAAAUUUAUCAUUACAAAUUUGCCUCUAGUUGAUAAACAGGAGAUUGACAUUACUUAUCUGGUACCAUGGUGCAAAUUAGAAAAGCCUCCAAAAGAAGGAGUCUAUGAACUGGCUAUUUUUCAGAUGAAACCUGGUGGGCCAGCUCUGUGGGGUGAUGCAUUCAAAAGGGCAAUUAAUGCCCAUGUCAAUCUAGGCUACACAAAACUAGUUGGUGUUUUCCACACAGAAUAUGGAGAACUCAACAGAGUUUAUGUUCUUUGGUGGAAUGAGAGUGCGGACAGUCGAGCAGCUGGGCGACAUCAGUCUCAUGAGGAUCCCAGAGUCGUGGCGGCUGUUCGAGAAAGUGUCAACUACCUAGUGUCUCAGCGGAAUAUGCUUCUGAUUCCUGCGUCAUUUUCACCAUUGAAAUAGUUUUCUACUGAAAUACCAAGCAUUUCUUUAACUGGCAUGAGAUGUGCUAAUAGUGCCUAAAUUCUCUCAAGAAAUUCUUACUUUUAUUUGAAGGAGGUGGUAAGUUAAUUCGCUGUAUGUCUUGCAUUUUUGAAAGCUAAAUCUGUCCUUUGUCACCACCACUUCAGGAAAUAGUUCUGCUCAUUUUCCCUGGGGAAUUUCAGUAUCUACUAUAUAUUGGAAAUAGUUGUCACUAUUUCAUGACCUUGAAUAUCUCUUCUGUAUUUUGACAACCUUUUGCUUCAUAUUAUAGCAUUUUCUUGUAUUCAAAUAAUGGUUUUACAUUUCCUUAUUUGACAAUAUUUUUAAAUUAUUUGUAUACAAUAUCUGUCUUUUUAUCAUG